UCCGAAUCCUGCAACAGAGCGCGACCAGCCAGCACCACAAACAACCAACAUCCAAUUCAGAGCUGCGGUUGGCCUAGUGCAGCUCAAGGCAAGUUCGAUCAAGCAGGAUGUCGCAAAGGUACGCAGGAGGAGCAAACCCGUAUGCUCGAGCAACGCCAUACUCGCAGACAGAUCAGCAACUAGAGCAAGAGAAUGACAGUAAUGUCGACCAGCUCCGCAACAAAGUCUCCUUCCUGAAGGAUGUAUCCAUCAAGAUUGGCGAAGAGACGCGCAAUUCCAUGGGUUUUAUGAAUGACAUGAAUGACGACUAUAGCAAGCAGCACGAUACUAUGAAGCGCGUCAAGAAUAGAUUGCUGAGGGCAGCGGACAUGCAAAGCUGGGGAUGGUUUCAUGGCUUCAUCUUUCUGGUCAUUGUCUUCAUCAUCUUUUUCCUGGUGUACCUAUUCAAGUAAGUCACAACAGACUCUUGCAUUUUGCAUUUCGACCAGUCUUCUGCAAGCGACAACACGUUUCUCAGAGCUCACCUGUCUUGAUU